GCGCUAUACGUCUGCACAUGCGUAGUGCUCCAGGGCAGCGGAACGGGGUGACCCUGAGUAUUGAGACCCUGCAGCGAUGCUGAGCAGGUUUCUAGGCCCGCGCUACCGGGAACUGGCCAGAAACUGGAUUCCCACAGCCGGCAUGUGGGGCACUGUGGGUGCCGUGGGACUGGUGUGGGCCACGGACUGGCGGCUGAUCCUGGACUGGGUGCCUUACAUCAACGGCAAGUUUAAGAAGGACGAUUAGGCAGCCCCUCCCCCACCACAGGCCUCGAUGGUACCAUGUGCCGAGGCCUCAGACACAGCGUAGUCCUGUGGAAGACACUGAGGAAGCUGGACACUGGAGAGGUCUGCACCGCUCAGGGAGCUUCCAUGUUGACAGACACUAGGGCUGCCUUGAUGGGUGCAGCAUUAAACCUUAUUCUUAUGCCUUGGA